AUGGCAGACAGGAAACCAACAAUUGUCAAUCCAGAAGCCAAAAAAGCAAGAGCAAGCGUUGAAACAACAAUGGUUUCUAGAUUGUGGGAAUGUUUUAAUUUCAGAAAGGACAACGAGCUAAUUAGUCUUGAUAUGAUUCUUAUUGAUGAAGAGCAUGAUGUGAUGCAUGGGACUAUACCAAAAAAUAGAGUUGUAAAAUUUAAGAACCAAAUUCGUGAAGGCCAAAUAUAUCUGAUUAAAAAUGUGAAGGUAAUACCAUGUGCUGCUACUUACAAGCCGAUUGAAGGUGCUUAUUGUUUAGAAUUUCUCAUGAAUACUUCCAUCGAGGAGAUCAAGGAAGUAACAAUUGCUAUUCCAGAGUUUAAAUUUCAAUUUGCUGGUAUCAAUGAUUUGCAUAAUAGAAAACAUGACACAUCUUUGUUAUCAGGGAGACAUUUAGAGUUUCAUUAUGGGAAGAAAUUUCAAAAAAAAAUUGACGAGAGCUUGCUAAUGAGAGAUGACAAAUCAAUUGUCAUAAUUAUCACAUCAACAAACGUUAAAGAGUUUCAAGGCAAGAUAUAUCUUAAUAGUACUUCGGGAUCAAGAAUCUAUAUAAAUUUGGAAAUUGACAAGGUCCAUCUUUUGCAGAGAAAUAAUGAAAAUAUUCCAGUUGUUAAAUUGCAAAAGAGAAAGCUAAAUGAGAUAUCGGUUGAGGAGGAGAUGUUUCAAAAUAGAGUAUCUUUGAAAUAUCUUACCAGCCUUUUGUGGUAUAACUGGGAUCGGAUUACAGAAUAUACAAUAAAGGCAAAAAUAGUUGGAGUCAAUGGCAAAUUUGGUUGGUGUUACUUAUCUUGUAGUGUUUAUAAGAAGAAAAUUCCUGAUAUGAAUAGCAACAAUUUCUAUUGUGUUAAAUGCAACAAGGAGAUAAAAUUUCCACAAAUGAGGUUUAAAGUUGAUAUUGUAGUCACAAAUGGCACUGUUGAAUCGGCUUUUAUAAUGUUUGAUUUAGUAUGCCAGAAAUUGGUUGGAUUGUCAUGUUCCCAGUUAUUGAAAACCCAAGAAAACAAUCAUAAAAGAAUUCCAGAUGUUGUAAAUGCUUUUUGUGGAAAGACUUUUGUUUUCAAAAUUAAGUUGUCAGAAACUGAUUUGAAACAAGGAUAUGAGUCUUAG